AUGGAAGACAUCUAUGCUGAGAUGUUGCGACAUAACCAGAGGAUGGAAGAGUGCCAGAUGGAAAUGAUGCAAACGAUCAAGCAAAUACAGAGGGAUCAACAUGACUAUGCAAACUGGCAUGACCAAGGGAUGGCGGAACUUUCCGGAGAGAUGAGUGCCUUGACACAUCGCGUUGAUGCCAUCCAGGAGUACACUCAGCAUGUGGGGUUGGAUCCUACCCAGCAUGGUAGAAGUGAACGUUCACGAGCAAGAUGUUUCAAAUGUGGCGUUAAAGGUCAUCGUGUUGUUGAUUGCAGUAAGGAUUCUGUGACGUGUUUCAAGUGUGGCAAGAGUGGCCACAGAGCAAACCAGUGUGGAGUUGGUUCGAGUGUGACUUGUUACAAUUGCAGUGAGAAAGGUCACAUUAGUACCAAAUGUGAUAAGCCAAAGAAGGAGAAAGCGAAGGGAAAGGUGUUUGCAUUGUCUGGUGCAGAGGCCACUACCGAUGAUAGGCUAAUCCAAAGUGCGUGCUUUAUUAAUGGUACACCUUUGACUGCCAUUAUUGAUACCGAUGCAACACAUUCUUUCAUUUCUUUGGAUUGUGCUAAGCGAUUGAAUCUUAUAUUAUCUGAUAUGCGUAGAAGUAUGGUUAUUGAUACACCUGCUAUGGGUUCUGUUUCUACUUCCUAUGCGUGUCUGAAUUGUUCGUUGAGUAUCUUUGGUAGGGAUUUUGGAAUUGAUUUAGUUUGUCUUCCUUUAGAGCAACUUGACGUGAUUUUGGGUAUGAAUUGGUUAGAAUUUAAUCGGGUGUAUAUCAACUGUUUCGAGAAGACAGUUAUUUUUCCUGAGGUUGGUGCGAAGGAAGAUUGGUUUGUGUCUGCUAAGCAAGUGGAUGAAUCGGUGCAAGGUGGUGCCGAGUUGUUUAUGUUGUUGGCAACUUUGGAUAUUCGUGAGAAGAGGACGAUUGAAGAAUUGCCAAUAGUUUGUGAGUUUGCGGAGGUAUUUCCGGAAGAUAUAAGUGAUUUACCGCCGGAACGCGAGGUUGAGUUUUCGAUCGAUUUAGUUCCUGGAACUAGUCCUGUAUCGAUGGCUCCCUAUCAAAUGUCUGCUUCUGAAUUGAAAGAGUUGAAGAGUCAACUUGAAGACUUGCUUGAGAAGAGGUUUAUUCGUCCUAGUGUGUCGCCG